AUGGCGGGUUCAAUCAACAAGCCAAAGAAGCCCAACUCGAAGCGUGGCACCUCACGACUUCGGCACAAAAUCGUCAAGGCCUCCGCUGCCAAGCAGCGAAAAGAUCGCAAGUUGGCGAAAAAGAACCCCGAAUGGCGAUCCAAACUGAAAAAAGACCCGGGUAUCCCGAAUCUGUUCCCGUACAAGGAGAAGCUCCUGCAAGAGAUUGAGGAGAAGCGCAUGAAGAAGCUGGAUGAGGCCCGGCGCCGCAAAGAAAUGACCAAGGCCGCCAGCACGGGCGUUGCCGAGGAGGCCGCUGAUGAAGAGGCCAUGGAGGAUGUCGAGGGCGACGAGGAUGGCGACGACCUUAUGGACGACGACGACGACGACGAGGAUGGUGACGAGUCCAACCCCAUGGCGGCCCUCAUUGCCAGCGCCCGCAAAGCCGCUGCCAAGUACGACAAGGAGCUCGCCGACAACGACAUGGGCGAGGACGACAACGAAGAAGACGACGAGGAACUGGACACCAACGAGAUCUCGGCCGGCCAGGCCUCGUCGCGCAAGACGUACGACAAGGUCUUCAAAAAGGUCAUUGACGAAGCCGACGUGGUGCUGUACGUGCUCGACGCCCGCGACCCCGAGGGCACCCGCUCGCGCGAGGUCGAGCGCAGCAUCAUGGCCGGCGCCGCCGCCAGCGGGAAGCGCCUGAUCCUCCUCCUCAACAAGAUUGACCUGGUGCCGCCCAAGGUGCUGCGCGACUGGCUCGUGUACCUGCGGCGGUACUUUCCCACGCUGCCGCUGCGCGCCUCGAGCGCCGCCGCCAACGCGCACACGUUUAACCACCGCGAGCUGUCGGUGCAGAACACGUCGGCGACGCUGUUUCGGGCGCUCAAGAGCUUCGCGGCCAGCCGCGACCUCAAGCGUGCCGUGUCCGUCGGGGUCAUUGGCUACCCCAACGUCGGCAAGAGCUCCGUCAUCAACGCGCUGCUGGGCCGGCUGAGCGGCAAGGCGCCGAGCUCGUCGCGUGCGUGCCCCGCGGGCGCCGAGGCGGGCGUCACCACGAGCAUUCGCGCCGUCAAGAUUGACAGCAAGCUGACGCUGCUUGACUCGCCCGGCGUCGUCUUCCCGUCGUCGUCGUCGGUGCAGUCCUCUGGCCUCGUCAACCUGAAAAACGCCGCCGACGCCCACGCGCACCUUGUCCUGCUCAACGCCGUACCCCCCAAGCAGAUUGACGAUCCUAUCCCCGCCGUCAGUCUCCUCCUUCGCCGCCUCUCCGCCUCCCCGGAUCUCCUGCAGAAGCUCACCGACGUCUACGACAUCCCCGCCCUCCUGCCCAGCCGCCUCGACGGCGACUUCUCCACCGACUUCCUCGUCCAGGUCGCCCGCAAGCGCGGCCGCCUCGGUCGCGGCGGCAUCCCCAACCUCAACGCCGCCGCCAUGACCGUCGUCACCGACUGGCGCGACGGCCGCAUCCAGGGCUGGGUAGAGGCUCCCGUGCUCGCCGUCGCUUCGGGCAAGAAGCCCUCUGCUGCCAAGAAGGCUGUCAAGAAGGGCGCCGAGGAGGAGAUUGUGCCCGACCAGAAGCAGAUUGUUACAGAAUGGGCUGCCGAGUUCAAACUCGAGGGUCUGUGGGGCGACGACGGUGCUGCUGGUGCAGACGACGAUGCCAUGGAGCAGUAA